UUAAAUCGCAUAAAAAAUGGAGGAAUCUGCCCUUUUUUCUAAACAAUUUACAGGCAACACCUCUCUGUAUUUUUUUCUGUAUCAAUAUCGUCAACCAUUAUAUUUAACAAGGAACUUGAAAUAUUUAUAUUCAGAAGGAUCAGAUGAACCUAAAAUAAGACGUCCGAGGUGUUGUGUUAAUUCAUUUUUAUUUGAAAAAGAAUUUGGAAUGAAAGAUUCAGGAGUUUGGACAGUAUAUAUGAGUCAUCUAAAAAUCCCUAUGUGGAUUGAGAAGAAGAGAUCGGAAGUUCCAGAAAGGUUUUUUGCGAGAUUAUUUUUAUAUUGUUCAAAUGGAAAAUGUGUAUAUCAAAAAAAUAUUGAAGGAAAAAGCUCUAUAGACACUAUGGGCAAUUUGUUGUUUCAUCAGGAAGAGCCUUUUAGGGUUCCACAUACGGUAUUUAAAAUGUCUAGGGGAGGGAUCAAAAUAGAUCGUAUUUGUAAGGGACAACUCGUUUUUGCUGUAGAAAAUGAGAUAGGAACAAUUUCGGGCGCAAUGGAUGUUAUGAAUGGUUUUAAAAAUAUUGAUGCAGAGCUUUCUAUUGGAAAAGAUUUUGAAAAGAUAAAAAAAGGCUCAUUUUUCUAUGUAACAUUCAAUAUUCCAUAUUUUAAGGCAUCAAGUGAUUUUGAUGUACUAUAUUUUGAUGAAAGUGGAAACGAAAGGAAAACAGGAUAUAUAUUGAGCUUGUGUUUUACAGGAAAAGUUAUUCAGAAUACAAAAUUAGAUUUAAAUUCAAAAAUAACUUUAAGGCCGAAACUUAUUGUUAAAAAUAAUACACAAGAUAUAGAAGAUAAAGUUGAAAUUCGUUAUAUUUUCAAAGCUGAGGAAAGUGAUGAAACGGUUGUAAGAAUCUCUACACGUCAAGAUUUUAAAUGUCUAUGGUGUAGAGGAAAAAAUUUUCAUACAAGACAACGGUUACAUUUUCAUUUUCUUAUGAAUCAUGAACUCUUUUCUUUCAAACUUGAAAUCAAUAGUCCUAGUUUUUUGCAAUUUGAGGUGAAAUUAGCUAAUGAAUAUCCUUUUAAACGAAUAGGUGACCAGAAAAUGGAUUUCAGAGUUUUUCAAUGGAUUAGACAUAUGAAAUUUAAACAUAAUAUUGAUUCUAUCUUGUUGGAUAAUGGAGAAUCUAUUCUAUCUCGUAAUAUAAUGUUUGGAAUGAAAGUUGAGCAAAAUGAAUCUGUACAAAUGAAUAUAAAGCCUAAACCAAAAAUACAAUUACUUUUUCCUUUAAAAAGAAAAAAUAAAAGAAAAUUUGCUGCCCCUAAAAUGAAUAAUUUGUAUAAAACUAUGUCAAAAAGAAAAAUUAUUCCCGGUGAAAUAUUAUCUGAAUCUGAAGAUGAUAUAGAUGAAACAUGGUUGAUCCAGAAACACGAGGAUAUGCUGGACGAUUUUAUGGAUAUAACUAUGUCAGAAAAGGCUUUUAUGAAACUUUGGGAUAGAUUUAUAAUCAAAGACAGGUACACGUGUUAUCAUUUGGUUUUUUUCUUAGCAGGAUAGGCCUAUUGGACAUUGUAAUCUUCCUAAUUCAAUCAUGAGAUUUGUAUAUUCUCAUAAAAAUAUCCUUCAUUCAGAAAAUCUGGUAAACGAGUUUUGGAAGCAUCUUUUAAAUCUUGUUCAAUAUAGAAUUAUUGAUCUUUUAACUUUACGAAAAUCUAUGGAAGUAGUUAGAAACAUCCAUGAUAAAACAGAAACAAAUUAAAUUUGAAAAUAAUUUAUAAUUUUGUAUUAUAUUUUUGAUAUGAUAUAGCAAUAAUUUGGCUAUUUUAAUUACCAUUUAUCGUUGUUUUGUUAUUAAUAAAUCUGUAAACAUAAAUAAUCAAAUAUUUUCAAUAAUGCUCAAUAUUUUUUUCAUGCUAGUCUUUGAAUAAAAUACUGUUGCUCAAAGGAUUUUUUGGAAGCAUUGAUUCUUUUUUCUUUAUAAAUUUUUUUAUAUUUGCAGCCUGACGAUCCUUAUAUUUGGAAGAUUUUUCUCUUUUUAUAAGCGAUCGUAUUCUUGAAGGAGAUCUAGAAAGAAAUAAACAUGAUUAUGCAAUGUUUUGUAAAAUUCAUACAUAAAUUCUUUAUUUUCGUAAAUAACUGGACCUCCAAAUGAACCCUCUAAAAUACAAAUAGCUGUCAUUACAAACCGAGGGCCAAUUUCAACAAGUGACAUAUCUACAUCUGGCUGAAAAUUUUUUUUUCCUCCUUCUGUUUUUUCAACAAUCUAUAAAAUCAUUAUAAAAUUAGUAUAAAUAAAUAAAAUAUACCUGAUAAUUUCGAAACCAUAUUUUAUUAUCUGCAAUAGAAAAUGUAACGACAUGAUCAAUAAAUGGCUUACUUCCUCGUGCAC